AUAUAGAAUAUUCUAUAUAGUGUCAAAAUAAAGUACUCAAUCAUAGAUAAUAAUUAAUCCUCCUUUAUAAAUACAUGAGGUAGGAAUCAAGGAAAUCAAAACCUACAUCAUCAUUAUUAUAUAUCAUGGCUUCUUGUUCCGUAUCAUGUUUCUUUAGUGCAAGUGCAACUUCAAACCGCUGGCAAAUAAAGCUCUCCCAACCAUACCCCAAGAUGUGCUUUAAGGACAAUGGUAAGCCAGCAGACAUUGUUGAUGCAAAUUUGAGUGUUUUGAAAGUAAGAAUUGAAGAAUUGAGGAAGAGGGAUGGUGGGUGGAACUAUAACAAGCGGAAUAAUAAUGAUUACGAGGUUUCAAGGUAUAAGAGAGAUUCAAGAAUGGUAAAUGAAUAUGUAGAGAUGUUGGGUAUGGCAUGUGGUGCAAUUGGACUCGUCUUUCUCAUUGGUUCUAUUAGCAUCUACCUUGUGUCCCUCCUUGUUUAUAUAUCAAAAUGAAUCACUUAUUUCUUCUUCUACCUACCAAACCUCAAAUAUAUCAUGUAUCAUCUUUAAUUUGUCUUUUUCUACAUGGAUGUCUUUGUUUC